CAUUUCGGCAUUUCCUGGUGUUUUGUGACAUUUAAAGUGGACCCUAACAGAACAAGAAGUUUUACAUGGGACAGCCCCCAUCCGCAUACCUCAGCGCAAAAAGCCCCAGUGGAAAGACACGACGCGCUCCCUGAUACGCUGCCGGUCCGGUUUGGGGGCCUGGACUUGAGGGCUUCUCCAUCCACGACUGCAAGAAAACACCAACAGCCCUCACUCCCUCUCUCUCUCUCUCCCAUCACACAUAUCAUCGAGCUCCCCUUUCACCAUGACAGCGAAAAACCGUAACAAGAACAACUCGAGCGAGAAGAGUGUCGCAUCCAGCCCGGAGGAUGCGUCGAAGAAAAGCCCAAAGAGUAGUCCCAGUAACGGGGUGAGUGGCCCCGCACCUCAGGGGCCACGGUCAGGGAGCUGCGUCGGGCUCGUCUGUACCACAGUGUUUUAUUUAGCGUUGAUAGGAGCUGCAGGGUUUGCUGCUUUUUAUUUACAACAAGUGGUUGAGGAGAUUAGAGAGACAAGCGCAAAACAUGAAGAGAGUGCACGGCAAAGCGCAGCGCUGGGCAGCAAAAUGGAGAGUGUGGUUCAACAGGUGGAGUCUCUAAGAAGUGUCGUGGACGGGCUGGAAUCAUCACUUGGCAUCACACGGGUGGAGCUUGAGGGCGCCGUCACUCGGAUGAAGAGAGGCGAGGUAGAGACGAGGAGGGUGGAGGAGGCCCUUCAGAAGCUCCAGAACAAUCUACUCAGGGAUCUCUCAGAUGGCAUCAGUGAAGUGAAGGAAGCCAGAGAGCGAGAUUUCUCGUCUCUGGAGAGAACUGUCGAGGAGCGAUUGGCUGAGGUGAGUCAGUCCAUCAAAGCCAGCGUGACCGAGUUCACAGAAGCUCAGGGCACGUCACAGAGCCAGCUGGCUGACCUCAAGGCCCGUCUGGGCGACAUGGAGGACCCCGCGCUUAUCAAGCAGGAACUCUCUGCCAUCGUCACCGCUGUAGCUGAAAUCAAAACCACCUCAGAGGCUUCCGACGCAGCAGCAGAUUCUCUCAGGCAGCAGAUCAAUGCAGUUAGGGAAGAGCUGCAAACUCGUAAUAAGGAAGUUGCCUCCUUGUCUGAGGAAGUAGAAACAGUGAGGUCUGUGGCACAAGAGCAUAUUGGGGGUCUGAGGCAGUCACUGUCUGAGGCAGAGGCUGAAGUCCAGUCUCUGAAAGACACAAGUGAGACCCUGGAGAGCACUGUACAGCAGACGACUGAUGCUGUCCGUAGCGUAGAGAAGCAGGCAGGUGAAGCAGCUGCUCAGGCCAAGAAGACAUCGGAUGACUUGGAAGUCAGGGUCAAAGCAGCUGAGGAGAGCGGAGAUGGGCUUUUAGCAUCCGUGACCGAAAUCAGCACAAGAAUGGAAUCACUCCUCAGCAAAUACGACAGCCAGGAAAGCAUUCUGAGUGAGCAGGGACAGGCACUAGAGAAGGUUAAAACCAGCCUGCAGCAGGAGAAGAAGUCACUGAAGAGCAGUUUCGAGGAGAUCCAGUCCAAAAUAGCCGCUUUAAGUGGCACCAAGAGCGAGCAAACUCAGGGUAGCUUAGAGAAGAGGAUCGCCGCUCUGGAGGGCAGCGGCAAAGUCAAACCAGAGCAGCUGCAGAGUUUAACAAGCAUGGUGGCUGGUCUGGAAGCGAAAGCAGCAAAGCUAGAAGGCCACGAUAAGGCAAUCUCUGAACUACAGAAAGCUCUCCAGGAAACCACAAAGACACUGGCAGGUUUAGCCAAAAUUCCAGGCAAGAAGGGAAAGUAGGGGUUAAAGUCAGAGGUGCGAUGUCAAGAAACCAAAACAUGAACAAUAGAGAUUACCAAAAGGUGCCAACUGGCCAUUUUAUCAUGGCUGACAUUUUACUGAAUCAGGAGGCUCAAAAGCUGUUACAACUUCUUACUAUUGUGUUUCAGGGUAUCUGUCAGAAAUCAAGAAAACUGGGCAAAUAAUGAUCAUUGCACCACUUACAGGUUAACCAGCAGCAUAAAAAGUAGCAAAAGGGGGUAUUAAAUAUAGUUUCAUCUUGAAAUAUUGCCCCAUUUGUUUUUGUGUCUUCCCCGUUGCUGGUUAAAGCAGUGAAAUAGCAACACUUUUUCAUAUUUUAUUACAACCAUCGAUGUCUCUCAUCCCAAGCAUUACUACAGAGAGAAAAUGUCUGCCUUUUUUUAAUGGUGUGUACCUCACUUUUUCUGUUUUCAUGAAGAAUUUAUCUCACACUUGAUGGUUGAUGUUGCACAUUUUAGUAGCUAAAAGGGGAGCGAGUCAGAGCUGGACUGCUGAUCUGUGAAUUCAAAUUCAAUCUCACUCUGCACUGUAGUUUUUUCUAUGUUUUAUUUUUUGAAAUGCUGUUGUUACACACACCAAAUGCAAUAACAAGCUGUUUAUUGAGAACUCUUUUUUUUACUCACUCUGUUUUUUUUUUAAUAAGAAUAAAACUCCUGUUGACCCUGA